UUCAGCAUAUAAAUGCAGGAUCCUCGAGGGCAGCAGAGUACACCACGGAUUUGACCGGCCGUGAUAAUAUCGAGAGAGAGACAGCAGAAGCAGAGACAUUUGCAUUCUCUCUCUCUCUCUCUCUGUGCGCGUGGUGUCACAGCCAGUCAGCGAUGGCGUCGGACAAGAAGCUGUUCGCUUUCGAGGAGGUCGAGAAGCACAACAAGACCAAGGAUUGCUGGCUCAUCAUCUCCGGCAAGGUAUAUGAUGUAACACCUUUCAUGGAUGAUCAUCCUGGAGGAGAUGAGGUCUUGCUCUCAGCUACUGGGAAAGAUGCCACAAACGACUUUGAAGAUGUCGGGCACAGUGACUCUGCUCGGGAGAUGAUGGAAAAGUAUUAUAUUGGCGAGAUCGAUGCAUCAACUGUCCCAGCAAAACGGAAUUAUAUUCCACCCCAACAAGCCCCUUACAACCCCGACAAAACCCCGGAGUUCCUCAUCAAGAUCUUGCAGUUCCUCGUGCCUAUUAUGAUCCUGGGUUUGGCUGUGGUGGUUCGACACUACACCAAGAAAGAAUAGUGAUUCAUUUUGCCUGCCUACCUCGAUGAGUAGAAAAAUUGUCGUGCCCGCCUGAAUUGUGCCUGGUAGCUAUUUAAAAAACAUCAUAGGUUCCUUUUCCUCAAGUCAUAAGACGCUCUUUGCAUGAUGUAAACUUGGGUCAUGCCUUAUUCGGGACUUCUUUUGUCAGGACCGUCUAUUGUGCCCUUUACUUGUGAGUUUUCGCAAUUCUUGCUUGAACUUUUGUGGAGAUCUUUUAUCUUCGUAGUCUAUAUAAAUCCAAUUGGGCAACGUGAUCGAGCAGUUCUUUGUCUUUCCAUGUUUGUGCUAGUCAUCAUCUUUGUA